CGUCACCGCUGUAGACUCUGUCCACCCGAAAAGGAGUGUACAUACUAGUCUAAAUGCAUUAGGAUCCUAGCUGCCAGAGGGAUUUUAAACUCGACAGUAACGAUAACGCAUAGUGUUUUAGCCUACAUAUAUAUAUAUCCCUCUGAGGAAUUAAUCCUCAACGGCGACAUCUGCCGCGUCAAAUAACAUCUUUACGCAACGCUUCCUGUCGCCUGUCAAUGUCGCCUAGUGGAGCAGGGAUCAGAGUCUCUCUGCAAUUCAUUAUUUAUUUAUUUUUUGAAGGCGAAACUUUAGCCUAUUCCGGUUACUGAACGUUUGAAGACAUUUGGAACGUAGAGUUGAAAUAAUCCCAUUGGAACAUAAAGCUAUAACCGAAGUCGCAUCCUUCUGAGCGGGUUUCGACUCGAACUGAAACGCUUUGAAAACUCUGUGUUCUGCGUGGACGUUUGUUCCUGUCUCGCCCCAUUCCGCCUAGUCGCAGCAGAUGGAGGGUUGCUGAGAGCAGGGAAUGAGAUAAGCAUCUUUUCACUCGUCGAGGCAGCAUCCUAACGAACAGCUGCAGCAGCUCGCUCCCUCUCUCCAUCUCACUCUCUCCCGUACGCCGGAAAGAACGGAACGGAACACUAUUUUACCAACAAGGACCUUCCUUAUUCGGUAGAUUCAACGAAUUUUAUGAUUUGCAACCUAGCUUUAAAUUAUAUUUGCAUGGUUGUAACCUCGAUGAUGGUCUUGCUAUCGGCACCAAGGGGAGAGAUGUAAGCUGAUUCGUUGGAGGUGGGUUGUAGCGGUAGCAGCGCUGUGCUGACUGACAAAGCGACAGACCGACAGAGCGAGGAGAGCAGAGGAGCUGUCCAUAGACUGGUGGUGCUGAUGCGGCGGCUCUGAGAAAAGCAGAGAAACCGAGCAUGGCUGCUGGGAAGUUACUGCUCUACGCCGGCCUGUCCCUCUCUCUGUGCGCCCUAGGAAUGCUAGCGGUGGCAAUCUGUUCCGACCACUGGUACGAGACUGACGCGCGGAGGUAUCGGGAGCGCUGUCGGAGCUUCUCCAGCCGUAAGAACCCAGGCUUUAUCUACAUCCCCAACAACAGCCUACCUCUGCGGGCCAGCCGCUCCAGACUGGACCGCUGGGAGGACAAGCUGCUCCUAGCCCGGAACAGAAGGCAGCUGUUCGCUAUGUCCGCCGCGGACGAGUGUAGUAGGCAGUACAACUCCACCAACAUGGGACUGUGGAGCAAAUGCCACCGACUGGGCUUCGACCAGGACAUAGAAGACCUCAUUCGCAAAGGUUCCAUUGCCAGAUGUUCCUAUAUCAAAUACCACUACUCUUCAGCAACGAUACCCAAGAACCUCUCGUAUAACAUCACAAAGACCAUACGACAGGAUGAGUGGCACUCUUUGCACCUGCGGAGGAUGACAGCAGGCUUCAUGGGUAUGGCCAUAGCCAUCAUUCUGUUUGGCUGGGUGAUAGGUGUUCUAGGAUGCUGCUGGGAUAGAGGACUGAUGCAGUACGUGGCAGGAUUACUGUUCCUCAUGGGAGGCACCUUCUGUAUAAUCUCUCUCUGUACCUGCGUGGCGGGGAUCAACUUUGAGCUCUCCCGUUACCCUCGCUAUCUGUACGGCCUGCCAGACGACAUCGGCCAUGGCUACGGCUGGUCCAUGUUCUGCGCCUGGGGAGGUCUGGGGCUCACUCUCAUCGCUGGUUUCUUCUGCACCCUGGCUCCCUCCGUCCAGCCCCUCCCUCGAUCCACCUGCCCCAAGUCGAGGCAGGAGAACGGGACGGUCUGCUAGAGGGACUGGGAUGGAGGAUAGAGGACUGGAGGUCCAGUGUUAGAUAGAUAGCUAACUACACCUUUAACCACACAGGACAGCCAUAAGAAAAGAGAAUUUAACAAACAAAAUGGGACAAUGAGUUGACAAAUCCAUGCAUUCGUUUAAUUAAUUCAUCGACUAUCUGUCUUUUCCUGGCCACUUAAAGACAAUGUUUUGUUUGUUCUCUGUUUAAAGUAUGUUUCUGUGUGUAUAAAUAUGUUUAAAGUGUGUGUGUGUGUAUAAACAUGAUCUGGUUUCUUGAAAAACAGAUUAAAAAAACACAACGAACUGACAGAAAAAUCGAAUCAGCGGUCUGAAGUUGUGCUGGGGGGGGUUUGUAGUCGGGGAGUGGAUGUUGUGAUGCUUGAAAUGGAUGUACCAUGAAACGGCCUUCUCUACUGGGGGGGAACGAGAGGAACCUUUCGGUAAUGAACGAUGACAGACGGAUGGACAACAAGGGAUGGGAGUUAUAACAACGGGGGCGGGGACGUAUUGGACAUUACACUUUUCAGCAGGAACAUUAAGUCUGAACCUCAGAGGAACUCAUCAUGGUGACCAGCCUCUAACCCAUCCACAACAAGGAGAAGAACUCAAACUGUAUUGUUACCGAGGGGCAGUGAAGGCUGCUGAGGGGAGGACGGCUCAUCAGAAUGGCUGGAACGGCGCAAAUGGAACGGAAACCGUGUAUUUGAUACCAUUCCACCUAUUUUCUCUCAAGCCAUUUACCACGAGCCCGUCCUCCCCAAUUAAGGUGCCACCAACCUCCUGUGUCGAAGGGGUUAAUCAACACUAACUGAGAGGGGUCAAAGGUUGGAGUAUUAUAAACAGCACAUCCUGUUCUAAAGAGACACCUC